UAGACUCUAAGGUUCCUUUCAUCCCAUGGGUACGGCUAAAAUGGAAGGUACGACCCACUAUGGCCUUCAAAUAUGGCCUUAUCAGAGCAGAGGAGGCAGUCGCUCUGUUUAUGUACUGGACGUCACCUGGUUUAUGUACUAGACUUCACCAUGUUUACGUACUCGCAGUCACCUUGUUUAUGUACAAGUGACCUUGGAUUGAUUACAACUACAAAUUACCCUCCUCGUCUCCACCUUCACACCACCUCCUUCCGCCGACAAUCGACAAACCGUCUCGACACGCAUUUUAUUCUACCAUCUCGCCUUCAGCGCCACGAUCACCCUGUUCAACCAUGACUAAACGUGCCGUUAUGUCAACAAGCAAGACUGUUCCGGAAGAUUCUCCGCAGGACGUCCACCAUGUGCCCGUCAACGAGAGCCUCAUAUCGUCGUCUCCCACCUCUCCAGGUGAUCUCCGUAUACAGGCCGCUCAAGGACAGGCCUACGGUGCUCAUCAGAAAUUGACUAAUCGCAGGCUCAGCCAAGUCCAGGCCCCAGAUGGUCUUCGUGGAGCACAGGCGAUGCAGCGUCGCGAUUCGCUCCCAAGUCAAGCCUCUCAGCACUCGCGCGGCUCCUCUGGAAACCCGUCGCUCAGCUCUCCCCCCACGCCUACGAUGCUCAACCCAGCGUGGACUCCCAAGGAAUCCUCGUUGACUGCUAUUCCUGAGGCUCUGACAGUUCAGGAGCUUGCUUUCCGUCAUGGUCAGCAGGCCCACCACGUUACUGCUGAUCGAAUCCCAUCCAACCCGUUUGCCAAGGAGUUCGAAGAGGCAUGGACGACGUACUACAACCUGGGAAAGACACAAGGUGGCAAGCCUGUAGACACUCCAGCAGCUUCAUCAGCUUCAGCAGCUUUAUCAGCUUCAGCGCCCCCUUCUUACUUCAACUAUGAGUGGCCGGUACUGAUCAAUCCUUACACGCAGAACCUAAAGUCCCCCGACGGCCUUGUUGACCUUGUUUGGUCGCGCAACAUAUGCGAAAAGGCCUUGAACGGCAUGGAGGCCAUGAUUCGAGUCACCUGCGAGCGCGUCGACGACUCGGAGAAACUGGUUAUCGACAUCCCGCUCCCGUGUCAGCAAGCCUUAGCGACCUUCCCUGACCUCCUCGAUCGAUAUGAGCGUCUCAAGCGGGAUCGCGAUGUCGCCUUCGAAUGUGUCGCAAACCUUUCGCGUGUAAGGUCUAGCAGCAGCAGACUGGUCUAAAUUCUUCGAUUCUCAGCCCUCGAUUUGGUCACUCCAUGCUUGUUGGUGCGUCAACAAUG